UCUAAUUUUUCUCAUUUUCCUCUCUCUCACUUUCAUUUAUCACUUCGUCCAAUCCCAUCUCUCUCUAACUCUCUGACAAAGAAAAAAAAGAAAAAAAGAAAAACUUUCCCUCAUUUUCUCUCUCUCCAAUCACCGAUCCUCCAAUUCCCACUGCGAUCUAGGGUUUCUUCCCAAACCGCAUUUGAAUCUCCAAUUUCAAUUCCCUCUUCUGCCUAUCGCGGAUUCUCCGUAGGGUUUCCCCUGAUUCGGUAAUUGUUGGAUGAGAGAGAGAGAAAAGAUUGAAUGACGACGAGCAUGGAGAUCGUGAUCGAUGCGGCGUCGUUCGACGCCGACCUCUUGCAGCUCUCCGAGGUUUCUCCUUUGGCACUCAAAUCCAACCCGGUCUUUACCGAGAAGCUCUUCGAGCAAUGGCUUUCGCUUCCUGAUUCUAUUCGUCAGGUAACAUUAUUGCUCAAUGAAGCAAAGGCGGGUGGUCCCUUGAACGUCCCCGGAAAUUCUUCUAGUCCACGUGCUUCCACAAGCAAUUCUUUGCCAUCUAUGUUUCCUGCAGGCAGUGCUCCUCCACUUUCACCGAGGAGUUCAUCUGGUUCCCCUCGGAUAAUGAAACAGAGGCCUGGACCUUCUAUUUUAAGUUCACCCCUGAAAGUGGUUAGUGAGCCGGUUAAAGAAUUGAUACCUCAGUUUUACUUUCAAAAUGGUCGUCCUCCACCAAAUGAACUAAAAGAGCAAUGCUUAAUGAGAAUUAAUCGGUUUUUCCAUGGGCACUUGGAUGGACUCCAGAUGCAUGAAUUUAAAUUAGUAACUAAGGAAGUCUGCAAGCUACCAUCAUUCUUCUCCACGGCCCUUUUUAGAAAGAUUGACGUUAAUGGCACUGGUUUGGUGACAAGGGAUGCAUUUGUUCAGUAUUGGGUCAUUGGAAAUAAGUUGACAAUGGAUAUAGCAACCCAAAUGUAUACCAUCUUGAAGCAACCGGAUAUCAAAUUCCUUACUCAGGAUGACUUCAAACCUGUUCUUCGUGAACUUUUAGCAACUCAUCCAGGGUUGGAGUUCUUACAGAGCACACCAGAGUUUCAGGAAAGAUAUGCUGAAACUGUAAUAUACAGAAUAUUUUACUACAUAAAUAGAUCGGGGAAUGGUCAACUUACACUCAGGGAGCUGAAACGUGGAAACUUAAUUGAUGCAAUGCAACACGCAGAUGAGGAAGAAGACAUCAAUAAAGUUUUGAGGUACUUCUCGUAUGAACAUUUUUAUGUUAUAUACUGCAAGUUUUGGGAGCUGGAUACGGAUCAUGAUUUUUUGAUCGACAAAGAGAACCUUAUCAGAUAUGGUAACCAUGCGCUUACCUACCGGAUUGUUGAUAGAAUAUUUUCUCAGGUUUCAAGGAAGUUCACUAGUAAGGUUGAGGGGAAGAUGGGGUAUGAAGAUUUUGUGUACUUCAUACUGUCAGAGGAGGAUAAAUCAUCUGAACCUAGUCUCGAGUAUUGGUUCAAAUGCAUAGACCUGGAUGGAAAUGGGAUUCUGACACGGAAUGAGCUGCAAUUCUUCUAUGAGGAGCAGUUGCAUCGAAUGGAAUGCAUGGCCCAAGAGCCUGUGCUCUUUGAGGAUAUAUUGUGCCAAAUAAUUGACAUGAUUGGACCUGAGAAUGAGAGCUAUAUCACACUGCAUGACCUGAAAGGUUGUAGACUUUCGGGAAGCGUAUUCAAUAUCCUUUUCAACCUUAAUAAAUUUAUGGCCUUUGAAACUCGUGAUCCAUUUCUCAUUCGUCAGGAACGAGAAAAUCCAACAUUGACAGAGUGGGAUCGCUUUGCACAUAGAGAAUACAUCAGGCUUUCAAUGGAGGAAGAUGUUGAAGAUGCCUCUAAUGGAAGUGCAGAAGUUUGGGAUGAAUCACUUGAGGCUCCUUUCUGAGUUUAAUUAGGUUCUAACGAGGAAGCUCCGAAUUCUUCUUAAAUUGGCCAUCCAUCAAAGAAACUGUUUUACUCAGGAUUAUUUCUUAAAUGGACUAUGCAGACACUUGACCUUAUCAGAUGGACAUUCUGGGCUUGGCUGUGUGGAAUGAAUUUUUGUUGUGCUGGAGUUGAAAAUAUUCAGAUCUUUGUGUGCAUUGAACUGACAAACAUUGGGGAGAGUUACAAAGGAAAAUUCCUUUACAUCAUACCAAGAUGUCUCAUGGAGGUGAUUAUAUAAUCCCAGGUUGACGUAGUUCAGGACAUUAAGUGUAUUUGAUUAUUUUCCUUAUUUUAAUUAUGUUAAGUUGUAAGUUAUCAUUCAUGUCUUUCCUCCCAAGUUAGUGGAUGGUUCUUUCAAUACUUCCAUUUGUAUGGUAAUGUGCUGGUCAGUGUCAUAGCAAUUUUGGCUUUCACUCUGGUUAUUUUUAAAUUUGAUUCAGUCAA